AUGGACGUCGAGAGGAAAAUAAACUUAGGUGAAGGGGUCCCUCUAAAUUCAGCAGGUGGUGCUAAUAUUUUUUUGAACACUGGUAAAAAAAAUGUAAACGACGGGACUGUCAUUCAUCUGAAAACAGAGAAGCCUACAGACGUCGGUGUACACAUUAAUACGACCUUCUCUAUAGCGUCUUCCAAGAAAAUCAAGCUUUUGUUCUUGUUUAAUUUUUUGCUCAGUAUAAUAUGCAUGGUAUUAAGUAGCUCCAUCGCAUUCUACUACUGGAACGAAAUGAUUACUAUGAGAAAACAUAUGGAUGUCUUAAAGGAACAAUUUCUCAUACAAACUUUAAAAGAUGGUGUUUUAGAACAUAAGCCUGAACAGAGUCCACUUGUAUCUAAUUUAAGGCCUCAGUUGAAGGGGGCUGAGUCUCGUGAGGGUAGGAUGGACAGUCAAAAAAAUGAACUGUCACCAAAUGCGAGAAAAUAUUAUGUGGAAGACCUAGGAGAAGAUAUGUUACUUGUAGACUCCAGUAAAAAAAAUUCUAGUCAAGACAAAGAGCCAGUAUAUAAUAUAUCAGUCUUCCAAAAAGAGCCUCUAGUCGUUCAAUUUAAUGGUGCUAUGCGAGAGAUUAAUAUUGGUACAGAAUCAAUUAUCGGACCGUGGGUGCGGGACAUGGAAGUGUCGACGAAAAACAGUGAAUCCAAGAUUGAGUUGAACACUAAUUAUUUUACUGUGAAAGAGAGCGGACUGUACCUACUUUAUGCUCAAGUGGUAUAUUUAACACAUGCUCCUAACUGUUACUUCAUUUGGGCGAGACAGCCAGCAAAAGGUCCUCGUCUUCUAUCUACUUGUGCCACCGGAGAUGAUUCAAGUCCUAGACCAUUAGACAGAUCACAAAUCUCGUGCUCAGUACAAACUGUUGCCAAACUCUACAAAGGAGACACAGUCAAUAUCGCUCAACGGGAACAAAACAGGACAUUAUGGCUCCGACCUGGAUACACAUAUAUUGGAUUCGUGAAACUUAGUUCC